GAGAAACGUUGGUGUGAGCUGCGUGCUGCCGCUCGCUACAGAUGGUCCGACGCUGCGCACGCCGACUUGAUUUGCGGUAACACACCUUCCACGUAGAAUACUGGACUGGCUCCGAUGCAUUACGACCUCGAUACUGCCGAAUUUUGUUGGUCGAGAAAUCCUCAUGUCAAGGAGGCACAGCGAGCUCUAUUGAACAUCACGUCCGCUGCAACACCCCAGGCCGAAGCAUAGUGACGAUCACCCACGCCUGGUGCACUGCAUUCCUUGCGAACCAGCCAUCCUCCAACGUGGAUUUAAGGCAGGAUGCUGGCGAAGCGGCGCCAUGCCUCGCUACGGCUGUUCGUCUUUACAGGUCUUUGCGUAACUUUGGGCAUUUGGUACUUGCGACCAAUGUCUGUCGGGAUAUCGCCGGCCACCGUGCAGACAUAUUGGUCUUCUGCUGAAUCAUCAACAUCAGAAUCGCUAGCGACAACAGCUGGGCCAGGAUUAUCGAAGGAACAUCCUAUUCUGACAAUUUCCAAGGCAGCCACUCGCAAACAUGAAGAGAAGGUUGCGCGCCAAUCCAGUACCUACGAGCAAGCCGUCGCAGAAUACCUCCGUCGAUAUGGAAGAACGCCACCCCCAAAUUUCGAGUACUGGUUUGCCUACGCCAAAGCAGUAUCGUCCCCUAUCAUAGACGACUUUGACGUCCUCGAUGAUGCGAUUUCUCCUCUUCUUCAGUACAGCGGGGCGGAAAUUCAGAAGACGAUGGACCGGCCGCACGCUCGAGCAGAGAUAGCACCUUGCAGGAUCAAAAACAGCCAAUUGCAAGAGGGCUGUGAAGUUCUGGGAGAUGUCAUCUUGCGUAUCUUUGCCGACGCUAGAGUAAUUGGCCACCUGCCUGAUGUUGAGCUCCUGAUCAAUAUGCUCGAUGAACCGCGUAUCCUGCUGAAUCGCAACUCAUCAUCCAGCGCUCGCUUGCGGCACCAGCAGCGCGACCUCGAACCGGAACCAGACGAAGUGGAGUGGAAGGACCUCGGCCAAGGUAAUGCAUGGCAAGAACUUGUCGUUGACCAGUGUCGCGAGUCACGGCCCUCACUGGAGUCGUAUUCAGAGCUUGUGUCGCUCGGCAGCGAGCACAAAGUCUUUGGAUUCGUGCAGGACAACUUCAAGUCGUUGUCCCUCUGCGACCACAAGGAGUGGAAGCACGCGCACGGGCUUUGGGAGUCCGCAACAUCUCUUCACACCGCAAAUGUCCCCUUGCCCGUACUGUCGCCUGCAGUAAUUUCCACUAUGAACGAUAUUCCAUUUCCAGCAAGAGCAUACACCCACAGCGAUUAUGCUUCGGAUCCUGAAGAGAGUGUUGAGUACGAAGAGAAGACUCAUGCACUGUAUUGGGCGGGGAAGACCACAGGAGGAUUUCAAAAUGUGACUGAAGACGACUGGCUGCCCCUUCAUAGGCAGCGGUUCGUCAGUCUCGCAAAUGACAUGGAUGCGGAAGCUCAAACGUUGCUGCGCCGAAGAGGAAAGAAUGGGCCAUGGGAGCCCAUAAAACAGAGCCUCAAAAAGACCAUGUUUAACGUUCAUUUCACAGACGUUGUGCAAUGCUCACCAGAAGCUUGUGCUCACCAACAAGAAUACUUUGACGUGAUCGCUCCCGAGCCAAGGAAGACAGCCCUGGAAUACACUCUUGUGUUCGAUGCUGAUGGCAAUGGCCACUCUGCGAGAUACUAUCGAUUCGUCGAAUCAAAUUCUCUGCCGCUGAAGCAAACAGUGUUCCGCGAAUGGCACGAUGAUAGGCUACAGCCUUGGCUACAUUACAUACCUAUCUCACUCGAGAUGACUGAGUUGGCGGAGGUCGUCCGAUAUUUUGUCGAGGAGAGAGAAGGCAGAGUUCUCGCCAAAGAACUCGCACUAGCUGGUAGGGAAUGGGCACUGAGAUCAAUGCGGCCUGUUGAUCAGGUUGUGUACAUAUAUCGUUUGCUGCUCGAGCUGGCUCGUUUGCAGGAUCCCGAGCGUCCAGCUUUGCCGUGAUUGAGCAAACCUCGCAAGAAAUUCCAUAUCAAAUAUAGCGC